GGAGCGAAAAGCAGAGCCACAGAGGAGAGCCAAGAGGAGAACCACAAAUGAGAGCCACAAGGAGAGCCCAGAGGAGACCACAGAAAAGAGCCAAGAGGAGAGCCACAGAGGAGAAGCACAGAGGAGAACCACAGAGAAGAGACACAAAGGAGAGCCACAGAGGAGGAGCCACAGAAGAGAGCCACAGGGGGAGAGCCACAAAGGGGGAGCCAAAGAGAAAAGCCACAGAGAAGAGCAAAAAAGGAGAGCCACAGAGGGGGCCACAGAGGAGUCCCCAGGGGGCCACAGAGGAGGCCACGGAGGAGAACCACAGAGAAGAGCCAAAAGGAGACCCACAGGGAGAGCCAAGAGAAAAAACACAGAGGAGAGCCACAGAGAAGAGCCCAAAGGAGAGCCACAGAGGAGAGCCAAAAAGAGAGCACAGGGGAGACCCACAGAGGAGAGUCGCAGAGGAGAGCCAGGGGAGAGCCACAGAGGAGAGCCACAGAAAGAGCCACAGGGGAGAACCACAAAGGAGAUCCACAGAGGAGAGCCAAGAGGGAGCCACAGAGGAGAGCCACAGAGGAGAAACCAAGAGGGGGCCACAGAAGGGGCCCAACAAGGAGAGCCACGAGGAGAGCCACAGGGGAAAAGCCGCGAGGGAAGCCACGAGGAGGGGGCCACAGAGGAGAGCCGCAGGGAGAGCCGCAGAAGGACCCGCAGAGGGGCCACAGAGGGGCCACAGAGGAGGCCACAGAGGGAGCCACAAAGGAGGCCCAGAGGAGAGCCACAAAUGGAGCCACAAAGAGAGCUAAAUGAGACCAAAGGGAAAAACCACAGAGAAGAGAAAAAAAGGGGAGAGCCAGAGGAGAGCCAAAAAAAGAGACCACAGAAGGAGCCCAGAGGAGAGCCAAAAAGGAGACCCAAAGAGAAGACCCACAGAGAAGAGCCACAGAGGAGAACCACAAAAGGGAUCCACAGAGGAGAGCCACAGAGGGACCCACAGGGGGAGACCCACAAAGGAGAGCCCAGAGGAGAGCCGCGAAAAGAAGCCACAGAGGAGAGCCACAGAGGAAGCCGCAGAAGAGAGCACAGAGGAGAGCCAGAGGAGACCCGCAGAAGAGAGCCACAGAGGGGGCCCACAGAGGUAGACAGGGAAAGGCCGCAGAGGAGACCCGAGAGGGAGCCACAGAGGAGAGCCACAGAGGAAGCCAAGAGGAGAGCCGCAAAAGAGAGCCACGAGGAGAGCCACAAGGAUACCACAGAGGAGAGCCGAGAAGAGACCCACAAGGAGACCCACAGUUAUGGGGGAGAAAAAGUACACAUGCUUUGGUCUGAGAAUUUUUGCACACUUUCCAAAAACAUGUGCGCCUUUAAUGGCUUUUGGGCACCCCUCACAAAGUGCUUGACUUUUAGCCAUCAGGGUCCAUGA